UGCUGACGCGGCUGCGCGUGUUUACGUGAGGCGACUGCUCCCGUUUCCUGGCGGAGAAGAUGGCGGCUCCUGGACCAGGGGAGUAUUUCAGCGUCGGGAGCCAAGUCUCCUGCCUCACCUGCCUGGGGCAGCGCUUGCAAGGAGAGGUUGUCGCUUUUGACUACCCGUCCAAGAUGCUGACUUUGAAAUGUGCCCCGUCCAGUGGUAAACCCAACCUCAGCGAUGUGGUGCUUGUUAACUUGGCCUAUGUGUCCGAAGUGGACAUCAUCAGUGACCGUGCUGAAACUCCUCCCCCAUUAGCAUCUCUCAAUUUUAGCAAGCUUGUGAAUAGAGCACGGGCGGAAAAGGAAGAUAAGUUGUCACAAGCUUAUGCAAUUAGUGCUGGUGUCUCUGUUGAUGGUCAACAGCUGUUCCAGACCAUUCAUAAAACCAUCAAAGACUGCAAAUGGCAGGAGAAGAACAUCAUAGUGAUGGAUGAUGUGGUCAUCAGUCCGCCAUACCAAGUGGACAACUGUAAAGGGAAAGAGGGCAGCGCUUUAAGCCACGUGCGGAAAAUAGUUGAGAAACAUUUUCGGGACGUGGAGAGCCAAAAAUCAGUGCCGCAUUCACAGCAAGCUCAACAAACACAGAAAGACUCUGCUUUAUCAUCAUGAGCCCAGGCUCAGAGAGAGGAAACAAUAUGCUGACAAAGGAAGUGUUGUUUGUUUUAAAUUAAUAUUUUCUGAUGUUUUUUUUUUUUUUUUUUUAAACCAAUCGCCAGACAAAGGUUGAGAUAGCUGAUACUCGGCGUUUUGAGCAGGGAUGACAGUCCUAAACAUCUGAAGAGAAAAAAUGCUUCCACAGACAAAAGAGAGGGCAAAAAUAGAGUGUUGUCUUUGAAUAUCAUUUCAUGUAGAAAACAUCCUUUCCAACAUCACUUACCCACCAAACCUACCCUGCUGGAUCUCCAGGUUUUUGUUUUUUUCCUCUCGUCAUCAAAUAACCCACAUGUUUGUUUCAUCUUAUGUGAUUGGCCACCAAAAAAAAAACACAUUUUCUGUUCAAAUCCAUGAUCUUCCUUUCUACCACUAAAAAAAAUGUGGCACAAAGUGUGUGAGGGUGGAACAAAAACUGUUUUCUAUAAGUUAUAAAGCCCCUCAGACUGGAUAACUAUUGUUUGAUUUCUUUAGGGUUUAUUUUUGUAGGUUUAGGUUGAUUGAGGGCUGAAGGUGCAGUAUGGGAAAUUGAAUUGCACUUCCCUUCUACCCAACAUCUCAUUUUCUGAAGCAUUUUUUUUAAUGUAAAACUCCUUUUUUUUUUGUUUUUUUUUUUUUUUUGUUACUUUUGUCACUUUUUAAGUGAUAGACGAAGGAGUAACACUCUUGAGUGCUGUAAGCAUCCUUACAGUUUACUUGUAGAUCGUGGUCAUGUCGUCUCUUCAGCUCCAGGUGCAGUUGACCAAGAGGGAAAUGGAGAGCCAAGACUACUUGGCAUUAUAUUAUGUUGUCAUUUUCUUCCGUAUUGGUCCUGUACUUGCCAUUUUGAAUACCUCUUCCAUAGUGGGACCAUUUUCUAUGAUGCAAUGUUUGUUUGUAUUAUUAUUAUUAUUAUUAAUAUUAUUAUUUUCAAACACAUCCAAACUGGAAGGGUACAUGCAGUGACCAAUGAGAGACUCGCACCUCUCUUUGACUUCUUGCAUUCCUUCGUUACUCCAGCGACGGUCAUAUUUCUUUAGAUAUGUGUCAGUGUAAGACGGCUCAUAUCUUGCUCAUCUCUCGCGACAGGACUGAUUUCUUUUCCAAACAGGAAUAUUUGUAACCACCUUUUUGGGAAAAGGAAAUGUUAAAGCGAUAUCUUGCCAUGUUAAGAGACUGGGACAGGGGGUAUGUGCGGCACUGUCUCAAGGCCGAAAUCCUCCCCGUCCCAGCCUCGUGAACUUCGUAGCCUGAUGGAGGCUCAAGCAGUGGCGCCAAGCUGUGACAGGCAUCCGCGUUGCAUACCAGUUUAUAUCGCUGUGUGUUAACGAGGUUGCUGUUCGCCUAUAGGUUUCUUUCGCAGUAUUUUAUUUUUUAUUUUUAAAUAGUAAUGAAGAAAUAAAAAAGAGAAAAAUCUCA